AUGUUUAUGGUGGAACAACUUGCUCCCAAUGCUACUCUUAUACCAAGGUGUUGGGAGCUUUGGCGAAACACUACGAAUUUCGAAACUCUUACACGAUACACAUUGUGCUGCAGAGAAAUCUUAAAGAAUUCUACAGCCAAAAAUGUAGUGAUCUACGGAAAGGGAGAAGGAUGGGCACGAGAUGCUUGGCUGACCAACAGUCACUGGAGUCCUGACAGGGACUUCAUGUUUCAUGCCAUGAAGGAGGAACACAAAAAGAAGUUUUCUCCCGACGAAAAAGGGAAACUUGAUGGCCCACCAUAUUGGCCAUGGAUCAGUACGUUGCGAACACCACUAGAUACAGAGGAAUGCCGAAUGGGUAAGUUCGCUAAGGAUCUCCCUCCCACUUCUUUACACCAAUCAGGAGAUUUUCGUUGGGACCAUGAACCAGAUCUCAUAUCGUCAGCAAAACAGCUAAAUGAUCACAUGGAUAAGAGACGUAAGGCAGUGGAGGACGAAUAUCGAAGCAAACUAAUCUACAUCCAACCUGGUCGUCAGUGA